AUGUCCUGUCCUAGAUUGCAACUUUCUGUGGCUAGGCAGUUUACACGGAACAUAAGCAGGGGCAAGUCAAAGAAGGUCCCGGUGCAGUUACUCACAGACUUCCCACCACACGGGGUCAAGGGCCAGAUCAUAGACGUGGCUCCCUCUUUCAUGAGAAAUGUCCUCCAUGUCGAUAAUAAAGCAUGUUACAUCACUAAGGACCAUGGACCUCGGAUUCCAGUUGUUGAUGCUCCAAAGGUUGUUCUCACGAGAACCACUAAAAAGGUCAAAGCAGCGGAGCCUGUUACACCAAAGGAGAGCCUGCCUGCAUUAUCUUUAGACGAAUUGUCUGCUUUGUUUUCCAACAUGAAGAGUGCAUCAAAACUGUCAGUCACCAACAUGAAUGCCUCUGCGGAUCUGUCGGGUGUCAUUGCCAGAGAAGUCAACUCCUCUGUGCCUGAGACCUUGAGCUUCCAAUUUGGAACGCUGAAAGCCCCAUUCACCACCACCGAGCUUGCUGAACUCAUAUACAAGUCGAGCGGAAUUGAGCUUGCGAAGGAUAGCAUAUUUCUUCAAAAUUCGGCAGGCAAGUCUCUUGAGAACUUGUCGGAGACUGGAACCUAUUACUGGAAGUAUAACAGCAGCGAUGGUGAAACUGACAGGAAGAAGAUCAUAAUUAACUAA